GAGCACAUGUAUUUCUCAUCCCAAAUAGGGCCCCUAAAUGUUUCCCCGCUAGGCGGCGUCCUAACCUUUGGGAUAUCCCCCUCAGUACUCAACACGUGGUAUCAAGACAAGCAUAGAUGUUUGAGUACGAUUUUUCUUCUGGUAUGGGUGACACUGUUACAUUAAAGAAGAAAUCUAAGAAGAAAAAGAAAAGACCAGACCUUGAUGCUGAAGUAACAUGUAAUGAUUUUAAGAAUACUGAUGAAAAUGAUUGUGCCGAAGAAAAACCAAGAAAGAAAAAGAAAAGUAAGAAGUACUUAAGUGACAGUGGUGUUGCACUUGAAACAGAAAAUGACAUAGACAACACUAAAGAAACAUUAAAGAAAAAGUGUAAGAAGAAAAGAAAACAUGAACCUGACAUGGCUGACAGAGACGGCAGUGACAGUGUUUCAAGUGGUGAAAUCAAACCUAAAAAAAAGAAAAGUAAAAAAUCUAAAAGAAAGGAAGAUGAUGAUAAUGAAGAUGGUUAUCAGCUUGAAUUACCAGCAAAGAAGAAAAGGAAAAGGAAAAAAACACAAGAAAUGGAUAUUGUCUUGGAGAAUACAGAUGAAAUUACACAUUCAUCAAAAGAAAAAUGUAAAAAGAAGGAUAAAAGUGUGAAAAUGGACCAAAUGGAAAGUGAUGAAGAAACAAUUAAUGAAGAAAAUGCAAUUAAAAAGAAAAAGAAGAAGAAAAAACAGAAACGAGAGGAAGAUGAGGAAACACCUGUAGAAGAUUCUAAAUGUGAAGAGAUUCAACCUAAAAAGAAAAAGAAGAAAAAGAAACAUAAACAAGAGGAGGAAAACAAUAAUCAUGAUGACAGCAUUGAGAAGACUUCAAGCAUCAAAAACAGUGAACAGCGCAAUAGUUUACUAAUUGGUGAAGCAAGUAAGGAGAAUCCCAUGUCAUACAACUGCCAGCCUUUUGACUAUGGCAGCGUGGACAAGUCAGGGGGGGAUAACUCCAGCAACACUUCAGGCCCAUACCUUGGACAGUGGGGUACAGCAUCUGUUGGUGACAAUGAGAGACAACACAAGUUCAUGCGACUGUUAGGGGGAUUUAAGAAAGGUGGUAAUCUUGGACAAUCCAAACCAGGAUUAUUUGGUAAGUUAGGGACCAAAAGUGCUCCUUCAAAUGCAGCAUUAAAUCGUGCAGAGGAAGCUGUACUCAACAAGAACCUCGAAAGUGACUUUGAUAAAGCACUGGCUCUCAGGCUUUCAAAACAGAAAACAUCUGGGCUCGGUUUUGCUCUGCCCCCUGAGGAAGGAAAGAAGUUUUACAUAGACAAGACAAGCUCCAAGUCAAUAAAAUUUGAUGAUUCUAACUAACGGUACUUAAUUCAUUAAUAAAUCAACAUCUAUAAAAUUGA